CGGUUGCCCACCGAAUGAGUGAAAAAAAGAUUCAUUACUAUGCGCUUGAAUUUGAUUUUUGUUGUUGUUCAUUUGAGUUGUGUGUGUUGCUUUUUCAUCUCGUCGUCGUCGUCGAUCGUUGAAGUUUUUGAUUUAAAUGCUACACAUGGAUUUUCAGUAAUCGACAACAAACGACGACGACGGCGGCGGCACAACAACAAAAACAAUUGAAAAAUUUAAUUGGAAUCGGCAAUUAGCAUGAAUUCAAGUUAUUUUAAUGAAAUCACAUCGAAAAACCUAUAGUUUGCUCAAUUUACUCGCGUACACAUAGCUAGAGCUCAAGUGAGAGAUAGAUCAUGAUUGAGUUAGCUCUAACUCUAGUCGGCGUUUGCUGUGUGUUAUUUGUGAGAGAGAAAAAACAAAUCUCUGUUUGCGGUUUCAAGUAGAGGUAUUUGCGUGCGCUAAACGUCAAUUUGUAUUAGAUGUUCAAGGGAUAUCCAAUUUACAUGCUUAAACCACUGUGUCAAUAAGCUUAAAAUUUCCAUUUUUUUUCUGUGCUUGUACUUCUAACCGAAGUCUGGUAAUCAAUAUGAUUGGUUGUACAAAUGAGGUUGCUUCAAAUAUGAAUGCAAUUUUUCGUUGAACUCUCAAUACAUUGGAACCACAGUCCCACAGGAGCCGAAGAAACGAAGACAUCAAUAAGUUGAAAAUCUAAAACGGAUACAAAAGCAAAUUGCAUCAAUUAACAAGUUAAACGCUCUACAUAUAUGUAGAUUCGAGCUUCAAUCAAUGGACUAGGCGUAAAAAUACCGACAAAUUCAUACAUCACCAUUCCAAUCACUCGUACAUAUCAAUUUGUAAAGCAUUUCAUUAAAUGGUUGGCAUAUGUUUCGAAGAAUUCAUUGUGCACACACAAUAAUAUGCUUAUUUACCGAGCAGAAUGUGUGCGGUACGUUAGCUCAAGCAGUCCCGUCGUUCCAUUGCUCUAUUUGCUGUCAAUCCAUUUUACCGGUUUGUUCUAUGUAUAUAUGUCUUUUGUCUGUUGACUAUUCUGAGCCGUUAACCUAUUUUCGUUCAUCGUUUUCCUGAAUCUUUAAUGAGGCACGUUUCCAUCAUUGAUAAGCGUUUAUCAGUCGCUGCGUCGACUAACUUUGAAUGAUAAUACUGAAUACUUAAUAAGGACUUGCUGUGCCCGAAUUAUCAUUUUUGGCCAGAAAUAUAAAUAUUUGCCGAGUUGCCAUUUUCUUUUCAUUUUUCAUCUUGAAACAAGAAAAAAGGUGUUCUAAAAGUACUCUCAAAACUCAUGAAAUAUUUACAAGGCUGUGAAAAGGCUCACCGAAAUAUCUCCGAACACCAAAACGUAUGAUGAAAGAACUUUUUUUUUCCGCACAUACACACACACAUGAAUGUCCAUCCAAUGUUUCAUUGAUUGUCUGCCGAGUAUUCAACGAGUUAUUUUUGUCGUAUACGAGUCGAAAGUUUGUACUCGAAAUACACAUAUAUGCGGAACUUCCCGCCACACGAAUUGUUUCGUUCAUAUUUUAGGCAAAGACAUGGCACUUCUUUUGUCGAACACUUUUGUUCGAUUUUUUGUAGCACGCAAUGUGACUGGCGCUGAAUACAAAAUCAGAGUUUAAAAGGAGAGAAAAAAAUGUAAAAAAAAACAAAAGAAACAACAAAGCGCUUCAUUGUUAUUUUAAUUGUUGUUUAUUUUUGUAAAAGGCUAUCAAACGAGCUGUGUAUUGAGUUACGAUUACAGAAUAUGACUGAGGCAUGUACACAUACACACACGUGGAACCGGCGAUUCUAUUUUAAUAUACGAAUGUUUUUUUCAAUAUGUGCAAUCGGACCGACUUGAAUCGGCGCGUAUUCAACAAACCACAAGUGUGACCCGCAACCGAGUAAGAGAUUCCAAGUAAAAAGAUUGAAUAAUUUCACAUUGUCCCACUUUGUCCACGACACGGUUCAAUGUUAUUCGCAUGACGACAAAAAGAAACGAACUUUAUACACACAUUGUGAUUCGUUCUUACAGCAUCUGGAUAUAAUACAGAAAACGGCACAUCGCAAAAACAACACAUGAGUAAUUCUCUCACUCGAGUGACCAUAAAAAUGCGAUGUACAGCCCUUUUGUCUGUUAUUCAUAAUAAUAUUGUUCAAAAGACGACACGAGUCGCUUAGAACAAAAAAGAAUAUAGAACCUGAAUUAAUACAUUUCGUCGUAACGAAGAAAUAAAAGAACACAUUAUUUACAGCCAAGAUGACAUAGAAAUUUUCGAGCGAAUUAAAUUCUGUGUGCGAAAGAUAAAAUCAUAAAAAAAAAUCUCAGUUUGAUGUUGUAUUAUACAUGAAUAUAAAAUAGUAUUCAAAAUUCACAUGCCACACGAUAACAUACGGUAACAUUAGUGUUGGUAAUAAAAUAGCCCGUUUUCGUUGUCAUGUUCAUCGCAAAUUAUGCGAUAUAUUAAGCCGGUUUUAUUUUGUUUUGUGAACUCAGACAAAAAAAAACGCAAACAAAUAAAACACAUGUCUACAAAUUUUGCGUAUAUUGAUGUCAAAUGAUGAGCGACAGCGAUGAGAAGAAGAUCACACACACUCACACCAAACGAAUCACAGAAACAACGAGAAAAUAGGCAAAAAGUCAGGUGUCACAUCGAAAUUAAUUGUAUAUCUUUAAGCUAUUUAGUGAAGACCUAUGAGUGCGUGGCAAGUGUAUAAAAAACACACCGAAGCAAUAAUAUACAAACACUUAUCUAUAAAUGUGUAACAAAACGAUUGCAUAUUAGGUGUACAUAAGCGGUAUAAAUAUAGAAAGAGAGAGAGAGAGAGAGAGAGAGAGAGAAUAAAACGACACAAAAAAUAGAAAUCAAUUGCUAAAUUGAGCGUCCAAAACAAGCAUUUAUAGUGAUUCAGAAGUGAGAGAGAAGAAAAAUAACAAAUCGUUAUUAGCACGAAAAUUGAUUCAAAUGUGUAGCUGAAAGCGGUCAUUGAAUUCGAAUGUCAACAUACAGUAAUCGAAUUUGACACGAAUUCAUCACUUUUUUCGAUUCGUUCGUUCGCUCUAGUUAGACUAGUAUGAACGAUUCGAAAAUGGAUUCAUCCAGUUUUUUGCAUCUUGGCGAUAUUGUAUCGCUAUACGCAGAAGGCAGUGUUUGCGGCUUUCUCAGUACGCUGGGAUUGGUUGACGAUCGAACGGUUGUUUGCCCAGAGGCAGGCAAUUUAAACAGUCCGCCAAAAAAGUUUCGUGAUUGCUUGAUUAAAAUAUGCCCGAUGAAUCGAUAUUCGGCCCAGAAACAAUUCUGGAAUGCGGCCAAACAAAAUGCGCACAAUACAAACGGUGGCGUUCUAUCGGGUGGAUCGAGCAGCGGCACGAAUACGGACACAAGUCUACUGAAGCGUUUACAUCAUGCCGCCGAGAUUGAGAAGAAACAAAACGAAAGCGAAAAUAAAAAAUUACUGGGCAACGUUGUACCGUACGGAAGCAUUGUGCAAUUGUUACAUUUGAAAUCAAAUAAAUAUCUCACGGUGAACAAACGGUUGCCAUCAUUUUUGGAGAAAAAUGCAAUGCGCGUCUAUUUAGAUGCAAACGGAAAUGAAGGCUCAUGGUUUUACAUAUCACCCUUUUAUAAAUUGCGGUCAACCGGUGAUAAUGUGGUCAUUGGUGACAAGGUCAUCCUAAAUCCAGUCCAAGCCGAUCAACAAAAUUUACACGUUGCCGCCAAUUAUGAGCUACCCGACAAUCCUGGCUGCAAAGAAGUCAACGUACUUAAUUCGUCAACAUCGUGGAAAAUUACACUGUUUUUGAAGCACAUCGAAAAUCAAGAUGACAUUCUGAAAGGCGGCGACGUUGUGCGUUUAUUCCAUGCCGAACAAGAGAAAUUUCUUACAAUGAAUGCUUAUAAGAAACAACAGCACGUAUUCCUUCGAACGACCGGUCGAACGAGUGCAACAGCCGCAACAAGUAGUAAAGCCUUAUGGGAAAUAGACAUUGUUCAACAUGAUCCAUGCCGAGGUGGUGCGGGCCAUUGGAAUUCAUUGUAUCGCUUCAAGCAUUUGGCCACCGGAUUUUAUUUGGCUGCUGAACUGGAUACAUCGGCACCAGUGAAUCCAAACGUAACCACUGCCGCUCCGUCUUCCGUCAUUAACAGUGCUAUGAACACACCACUCGCUCAAAGACUUGGACUUGAAAUGGAUACAAAUAUUCCACCACCAGGCCCACCAGUUACAUAUCGUUUAGUCCCUGUUCCCUAUUCCAGUGAUUUGGCAUCCGUGUUUGAAUUGGAUUCAACCACUAUGACACGCAUAGACUCCUUAGUGCCACAAUCGAGCUAUGUACGUAUGCGUCAUUUAUGUUCAAAUACCUGGGUUCAUGCCACCUCACAACCAAUCGACGUGGAUGAGGACAAACCAGUCAUGUCAAAAGUUUGCUGCUCAUUCAUCAAGGAAGACAAAGAAGCGUUUGCAUUGAUCCCAGUUCCGCCAUUUGAAGUGCGUGAUUUGGACUUUGCCAAUGAUGCGUGCAAGGUUCUCGAAGCAAUGAAUACCAAGCUGAAAAACGGUGCACUGUCACACAAUGAACGACGAUCACUAAUAGCACUGCUCCAAGAUAUUGUUUACUUUAUUGCCGGCUUAGAAAAUGAACAAAGUAAAACGGAGGCCUUGGAAUUGACAAUCAAUAACCCGAAUCGAGAUCGACAGAAGCUGCUGCGUGAACAAGAAAUCCUCAAGCAGUUAUUCGUGCUGUUGAAAGUGCCGUUUGAAACAUUAGUGCCAAGUGAGGAUGACAGCAAUGAAAUGGUUCCAUUUUUAAAGCUCGAUGAAUUGAAUGAUCCGAAAAACGGUGUUUACAAAUACAUAUUUCGGUUAUGUUACCGUAUAUUGCGUCUGAGUCAACAGGACUAUCGUAAAAAUCAGGAAUACAUUGCCAAACAUUUUGGUUUGAUGCAAAAGCAAAUCGGUUAUGACAUUUUAGCCGAAGACACCAUCACCGCGUUGCUGCACAACAAUCGCAAACUACUCGAAAAACAUAUCACAGCGGCUGAAAUUGAAACAUUCGUUGGUCUGGUGCGCAAAAAUAUGGCCAAUUGGGACUCACGCUUUCUGGACUAUUUAUCGGAUUUGUGUGUGUCAAACAAAAAAGCCAUUGCCGUUACACAAGAGCUCAUUUGCAAGAGUGUGUUGAGUGCCAAAAAUUCGGACAUUCUCAUUGAAACGGAAAUCGUCGAAUGUGACCCGCCGCCAUUGAUUAAUAUCGAAGAAGAUCCAGGGGAAAAAACGACAAAUGAAAAAGAGCUCGAAAGCGAUAGUAAAUCAGAGGCAAAGCAAAACUUUCAAGUGCGACUGUUGUGGCACAAUCGAACGCAAAGCAAAUCGAUGCUGGAGCUUUCGCUGAACGAUGAGCAUGGCAUUCUGGAUUAUUACCGCCAUCAAUUGAACCUGUUCUCGAAUAUGUGCUUGAAUCGACAAUAUCUCGCGCUCAACAAUUUAUCACAACAUCUGGAUAUUGAUCUGAUUCUCAAAUGCAUGUCAGACGAAGCGGUGCCGCAUGAUUUGCGUGCAUCAUUCUGUCGAUUGAUGUUGCACUUGCAUGUUGAUCGUGAUCCCCAAGAGCCAGUCACGCCCGUCAAGUAUGCACGAUUAUGGUCGGAGAUACCAUCAAAAAUGUCGAUUGAUGAUUACGAUUCCAAGAAGCAACCGGACUCAAAUAAGGAAGCCGUUCGAGCUCGAUUCAAUACGACAAUCGCAUUUGUCGAGAAUUAUUUGUGUAAUGUGGCAAUGAAAAAGUGGCUGUUUGCAAAUCAAGAUCAAAACAAGCUGACAUUUGAAGUGGUAAAAUUGGCACGAGACUUGGUGUAUUUCGGAUUCUACAGUUUCAGCGAUUUAUUGCGACUGACAAAAACAUUGUUGAGCAUAUUGGAUUGUGCCGAUGCGAACGGCAGCAUCGUUGGCGCAAUGCCAACCGGAGACAUUGGAUCUGACGGUGGAGUGCUGCGUUCGAUUGGCGAUAUGGGUACCGUGAUGCUGGGUCCGAUUGUAACGCCAGCUAUUUCGGUGCAACAGCGCAAAUCUGUUACACAGUUGAUGAAAGAAUACCCGCUGGUUAUGGACACAAAGUUGAAAAUCAUUGAAAUUUUGCAAUUCAUUUCGGAUGUACGACUUGACUAUCGAAUCUCCUGUUUGUUGUCGAUCUUCAAAAAGGAAUUCGAUGAGUGUGAUCCACAGCAAUCGAAUGAUGCCAUCAAUUUGCGUCAGAAGAACAUUGAUUUGGAAUCGAUUGGCAUGCAAGCGGAGAAAAUCUUUUGUGAUGAAGAACCAUCGCACCUCGACAUUGUUGAUUUGGAUGGUCAGGGCGGUAGAACAUUUCUUCGUGUUUUGCUGCAUUUGAUCAUGCACGAUUAUCCACCGUUGGUGUCUGGCGCGCUUCAUUUGCUGUUUCGUCAUUUUAGCCAGCGGCAAGAGGUGCUGCAUGCAUUCCGUCAGGUUCAACUGCUUGUCAGCGACAGUGAUGUUGAGUCAUACAAACAAAUUAAAUCAGAUUUGGACGUUUUACGUCAAUGCGUUGAGAAGUCGGAACUUUGGGUGUACAAAUCGAAAGCAUUGGAAGAAGGUCUACCAACUGUAACCGAAACGUUGGAAUCAAAGACAAAUGUGGGUGACGCCACCGCCGGAGAAAGUCCUUCAAAAAAGCCAAACGGUUCGGUAUUGAAGAAAGAGGACUCAAGCUUUGGAUUCUUCUUGGAUGAUGACGGUGUAAUCGAUCACAAUCAAGAGUAUAAAAAAGUCGAAAAAAUUCUACACCGAAUGAAUAAAUUGUGUGUCACCACCACCAGUGACGCGAUUAAACCGCGCAAACACGAACAACGUUUGCUUCGCAAUGUUGGCGUGCACACAAUUGUACUUGAUCUACUUCAAGUGCCAUACGAUGAAAAAGAUACCCAAAUGCACGAAUUAAUGCGUGUAGCUCACAAAUUUUUGCAACAUUUCUGCUUGGGCAAUCAACAAAAUCAAAUUUUGUUGCACAAACAAUUGGAUAUGUUUUUGAAUCCAGGCAUAUUGGAUGCUGAAACCGUUUGCAGCAUAUUCAAGGAUAAUUUGGCACUUUGUAAUGAGGUGAACGAGAAAGUGGUUCAACAUUUUGUGCAUUCCAUUGAAAUUCACGGCCGACACGUUGAGUAUUUGAAAUUUUUGCAAACCAUUGUCAAGGCGGAAAAUCAAUUCAUUCGCAAGUGCCAGGAUAUGGUGAUGCAAGAGUUGAUAAAUGCCGGCGAAGAUGUGUUGGUGUUUUACAACGAUAAAUCAUCAUUUAAUGCAUUCAUUGCGAUGAUGCAGCAAAAAGCGGCCGGAACGCUGAAAGAUGAUGGCCCCAUCAAGUAUCAUGUUGAACUGGUGAAACUGUUGGCAUGCUGUACGAUGGGCAAAAAUGUGUACACCGAAAUCAAAUGCAACAGUUUACUCACUUUGGAGGAUAUAAUCGCAAUGAUUUCGCAUCCAGACUGUUUGCCAGAAGUGAAAAUUGCGUACGUUGACUUUUUGAGCCAUUGUUAUAUCGAUACCGAGGUGGAAAUGAAGGAAAUCUAUUCAUCGCAUCACAUGUGGAAUUUAUUCGAGAAUUCCUUUUUGGCCGAUAUUAAUCGCUUGAUCCAGCAAGCCGUACCAAUUGUCGUCACCACUGACAGCGAUUCCAAGCAGACCACCGAAAUUUCGACUCCAGCACCGCCGGCCGAAGACUCAUGCAACCAAGCGCUUCAGAACUACGUCAUUUACGAAGUAAUGAAUUGCCUGACGACAUUUUUCAACAGCCCAUUCUCCGACCAAAGCACCGUUUUGCCAACGCAUCAAACCAUUUUCAUUCAAAUCGUUCAGUCGGCAUACCGAUUGACGAAAUGCAAAUGGAUAAUGCCAGCGCAGAAAUUCCACGUAGAAAAUUGCAUACGAACACUGACGGAGAUCGCACAAAAACGUUCGAUUGUUUUUCCAAUUGAAUUGGAGAAUCAGUUGUUGAUGAUGUUCAAUAAAUCCGCUUUGUUAACGAGACAGACCAGCAAAUGGUUGUUGGCCUCAAAGCAACCGAAGAUUGAACGAGCUCCGUCGCAAGUGAUGCGUCUUGAUCGCAGCAUCAUCGAAGGACUGCAAGAUAUUCUGGAGCUGUUAUACAAUCAAUUGAAGCCUUUGGUGGAAGCAGAAUUGUCAUUGUUAGUGGAUAUUCUGUACCGAUCUGAACUGCUCUUCCCCGAAGGUUCGGAAUCGCGGAAAAUAUGCGAAAACGGUGGAUUCAUUAGGCGUCUAAUAAAACAUGCCGAGAAAUUGCUCGAAGAAAAAGAAGAGAAACUGUGUGUGAAAGUGCUGCGAACGCUACGCGAAAUGAUGGCAAUGGACACGGAGUACGGUGAAAAGGGAGAUAGUUUACGUAAUACAUUGCUGCGUCGCUACUUUGGUGAUGCAUUCUGCAAUAAAUCACAUGCACACGGCAACACAACGGGAAACAAUCAUUUGAAUGCGUUGGGCAAAAAUAUUGGCACCAAGCCAAAGGCAAUUUUGCCAAGUAUUGGAUCGAAGCUCGGACCAAAUGCAUCGGCACUUUCAAUAACACACGGUCCCGGCGCCAAGUAUCUGCAGAGAGCUGAACGAACAUUGCACGAAGUGCAGAGUCAUUUGGAUCAAGAGGGUGCGUCCAAUUUAGUCGUUGAGCUAGUGAUCAAAUCGGUGAAUUCACCAUCAAUUUUUGUGGAAGGUGUUGAACUGGGCAUCGCAUUGCUUGAAGGUGGAAAUCCAAUUAUUCAACGCAGCAUGUUCAAUAAAUUCCAAAAUGCUGAGCUGAGCCAGUCGUUUUUCAAAGUAUUUUACGAUAAAAUGAAAGACGCCCAACAGGAAAUCAAAUCAACGGUCACCGUAAACACAUCGGACAUUGCGACCAAAACAAACGAAUCGAAACAAGAUCCCAAGGAUAUUGAUAAAAUAGCGAAGAAACAAGCGAACAAACAAUCAAAUGGUAUCGUCAUAACGGACGAACUACGUGAUGAAUUGAAUAAUGCCGGUUUGGCAACGGCACAAGCCUAUGCAGCCGCUCGAAAUCUUAUACCACCCGGCGGUAGUUGCAACGGAAACGAUGACCAACUUACCGUUAACAUGGGCAAUGCUCUCGAAGAAAUUCUGGCUGAUAAGCUUGAGAAGCGGAAGGAAAAAGAUGACAACAAUAAAUUGUCGACCAAAGUAUUGGUUAUGCAACCCGUACUUAGAUUCCUUCAGCUUCUUUGCGAAAAUCAUAAUCCAGACUUGCAGAAUUGGUUGCGCCAUCAAAAUAAUAAAACCAAUUACAAUUUAGUGUCGGAAACGCUGAUGUUUUUGGAUUGCAUUUGUGGUUCGACUACGGGCGGGCUCGGUUUGCUUGGCCUGUACAUAAAUGAAAAUAAUGUGGCGUUGAUCAAUCAAACAUUGGAAACGCUCACGGAAUAUUGCCAAGGACCGUGCCAUGAGAAUCAAAACUGCAUCGCUAUCCAUGAAUCAAAUGGCUUGGACAUAAUAACGGCCUUAAUUUUGAACGAUAUCAAUCCACUUGGUAAAAAUCGAAUGGACUUGGUAUUGGAGUUGAAAAAUAAUGCUUCGAAAUUAUUGCUUGCCAUCAUGGAGAGUCGCGGUGACAAUGAGAACGCCGAACGAAUUCUGUACAAUAUGAAUCCAAAGCAAUUGGUUGAUGUCGCCUGCAGAGCAUUCCAUCAGGAGGAGAUUUUGGGCGAACACGAACACAUUGAUGACAUGUAUAAUUGCGACGAUGAUCAAGAUGAGGGAGGUGUAUCGCCACGUGAAGUCGGACACAAUAUCUACAUUCUGUGCCAUCAGUUGGCUCAACACAAUAAAGAUUUAGCCUCAUUACUUAAACCAUCCGAUACGGUUGCAUCGAAUCUCACAAACGCACCCGGCUCCGCUGCCACAACAAAUCCUUCCAGCGAAAUUAGCAAAACAAACGUCGCACUAAACUACUAUGCCACACACACAGCACAAAUUGAAAUUGUUCGUAACGAUCGGACUCUUGAGCAAAUCGUCUUUCCAAUCCCUGAGAUUUGUGAGUACCUGACCACAGACACCAAAAUUAAAAUAUUCCAUACGGCCGAACGAGACGAUCAAGGCUCAAAAGUGGCCGAUUUCUUCGACAAAACCGAUGAAAUGUUUAAUGAAAUGAAAUGGCAGAAGAAGCUGCGUGGCCAACCAGCACUGUUCAUGGUUAGCAGCUAUAUGACAUUAUGGAGCAAUAUUCUGUUCAAUUUGGUCGUCUUAAUCAAUACAAUCAUCGCAUGCUUCUAUCCAUUUGAAAGCAACGCCCUAGAAUUAAAUUCCCAUUUAUCCGGAUUGAUAUGGGCGGUGAUGCUAUUGUCGUUAGCGAGCAUAUUUACAGUGCCACGUUCAGCUGGGAUUCGAACUUUUGUUGCAUCAAUCAUAUUACGGAUGAUAUUUUCGAUCGGGCCAUCGCCAACGAUAUGGUUGCUUGGAUUUAUGACCGUCAUUCUCAAAGGUAUUCACAUCGUGAGUUUGAUGGGCAACCGUGGUACGCUUGAAAAACAGCUUCUUAAAAUCGUCACCGAUGCUCAAUUGAUCUACCAUUUCGGGUACAUGGUGUUUUGCAUGACAGGAAUGUUGGUUCAUCCUUUCUUCUACUCGGUUUUGCUGUUCGAUGUGGUUUACCGCGAGGAAACUCUAUUGAAUGUCAUUCGUUCUGUAACUCGCAACGGUCGAUCAAUCAUAUUCACCGCAGUGUUGGCCCUGAUUUUGGUUUAUCUCUUCUCGAUCAUUGGAUACAUUUUCUUCAAAGACGACUUUUUGGUGCCAGUGGACGAUGAAUUGGUGACGAUAUCAGGCGAUGAUCUACUGUGCAAUGAUCCACCAGAUGUGACACUGUCAAAAACCGUUAGCGAUGCAGAGCAACAGGUGUGCUCAAAGGGUGCACUACAAGAAGCGGAUGAUGGAGGUGAACGGAAGGAGCGUGCCUGUGAUUCAUUGGUGAUGUGCAUUAUUACAACUCUUAAUCAAGGUCUACGGAAUGGAGGAGGCAUCGGCGAUAUUCUUCGAGCACCCAGUAGCUCUGAGGCAUUAUUUAUGGCGCGUGUGAUCUAUGAUUUGCUAUUCUUCUUCAUUGUAAUUAUUAUUGUGUUGAACUUAAUUUUCGGUGUGAUCAUCGAUACGUUUGCCGAUUUACGUAGUGAGAAGCAGCAAAAAGAGCUUAUUCUAAAGAAUACAUGCUUCAUAUGCGGUUUGAAUCGUUCAGCGUUCGAUAAUAAAACCGUUAGUUUUGAAGAGCACAUAAAAAGUGAGCACAAUAUGUGGCACUAUUUGUACUUCAUUGUUUUGGUCAAAGUGAAAGAUCCAACGGAAUUCACCGGUCCCGAGAGUUAUGUGUACGGAAUGGUCAAGUCCAAUACUCUGGACUGGUUCCCACGAUUGCGUGCAAUCUCUUUGGCCGCAGUCGAAGUGAGCGAAGAGCAAAUCGAAUUGCGUAGCUUACAAGCACAACUUGAAACCACCCAAAUCAUUGUGACACGAUUGUCGGAACAACUGAUGGAACUAAAAGAUCAUAUGACUGCACAACGGAUGAGCACAACUGCUGCCAAAUCGGCUAUGCUGUAUUCAUCGUCGCUUCACUUGAACAUAGGAAAAUAAAGAUCUGCGAUUUUCUCUCCCAUUUGCAUCAAAUCAAAUUGUAUUAUUUAAGCGAGAGAGAAAAGGAGAGUCGGAGUGGGAGUGGGAGAGAAAGUGAAAUUCAUACAAUCUCUGUUGAUAGAAACAUUUUUUUUAUUGAAUUUUUCAUAGUUAAUUAUUAUCAUAGGAGACAUUUAAUGAACCGUUCAAUUGUUUAGCAAAAACAAAAAUCUUUAUCUAAAACGAUCGAUUUUACUUGUUGAAUUUAGGAUGUAGAGAAAGAGAGAGAGAAAGAGAGAGAAAAGUGUUAUUCUUGGAGACAUUCUAUUGCAAUUUCCAAUGCAAUUUCGUUUUACUUUUUCUUUAAAAUUUUAUAUGUCCAGCAUUGUUUUUCAUUGUUAAAAUUGUUAUGCAUUUUUCAGCACCUGAAUAGAAAAUUAUACAUAUAUCAUGAAUUUACAACAAGCAAAUCUCAAAUUUACUAUUGAAAAGCCCACAAUUUGAUGGUGCUUGCCUCUUGUUCCAAAUUAUAACAAUCAACGGUGAUUUUGAAUCAUUUUAUAGUUUUAGUCGAACAAAUCAAAUUGGAAACAUUUACAGGAACUGCAAAAUUCUGAUUAGAGCACAUUUAAAAUUGAAGAAAAAAAUAAAAUAAAAUAUAAAAAAUGAAA